GAAAUAGCGGAAGUCGGCAGCGUUCUGGCAUCACAAGCUUUCGGAAGUGCUGCCGUGCCGUCGCCUGGCAGGGCUGCGGAGGACAUGGCCGCGGUUGGCCGGGCCCUGGCAUCGCAGGCCUUUGCAAAAGCAAGUCCUGGAGUGGCGGCCGCAAGCAGGGUAGAGGACUCAAAGCAGGCACCGGAAGCGCCGCAGCAGGGUGAUAAAGCUGGCUGUGCUGGCUCUCCGACUCCAGCUGCAACAGAUGAUGAAAUAGCGGAAGUCGGCAGCGUUCUGGCAUCACAAGCUUUCGGAAGUGCUGCCGUGCCGUCGCCUGGCAGGGCUGCGGAG